UAUCACUCACAAGUUACAACCCAUAACCGCAAUGCAUGCAUAGAACACGCUGAAUCCAGGCGUCAUGAACGAUCUUUGAAUCUGGAGCCCGGAUGCGUCACGAAUCAGAAACUGAAGGCGAGACUAUUACGUUCAAAAACAAUGCAAGUCAAUAAGCCUCUUUGUUAUUUCCAUUUUUCACAAUGUCGUUGGCUCCAUCGUCCACUGGAUCAUUCCACGCUUUAGAUCAGAAUUUAGCUGACCAUGAUAGUGUUAUUGCUGGAGCAACAAGUGCCACUAAAAGUUCCUCGGUCAACUUGACCACGGAGAUGCAAACAGUGCCGAUGUCUCCCAACACAGUGCCGUCGUUCCUUGAGACUGGAGUAUUGUCUGCCGAACCCGUUCACACCUUAGAUCUCCAUCCAGCUGGCCACGAUUCUAUCCAUGAUGGUGUCAUGACUGCUACUAAAAGUUACUCAGCCAGCUUGACCACCGAGAAGUUAAUGGUGCUGAUGUCCACCGAUGAAACGUCGUCGAAUCCUGAGGCUGGGAAAACAUUAUCCGCCGAAUCCGCCCACACCUUAGAUCAGACUUCAGCUAGCGAUGAUUUUCAUGUGGUCGACGGUGUCACUGCUGGAGUGACAGGCGCCACCAAAAGUUCUUCGGAAACACAUACUGCUAGUACUUAUUGGUUUAACUUAUUUCAAGCGCUAAUGUCCAAUGACGCAAUGACUAUGGCGCACUUCUACGAACUGCGCUCCAGGAGACCAUCGUCCACUUCUCGUACGUCAGAUCAGAGUGCAGUCCACUUCAAACGCAUUGGACUCAAGAAAGCUUCACGUCGCAAAGACACUUGCAAUAUUGUCAUUUUUGGACAAACAGGCGCUGGUAAAAGUUCCUUGGUCAACUUGAUUACCAGGACGCAGGCAGUACCAACGUCCCUCGACGCUGAGGGAUGUACGACUCAAACCACUGUGUAUGAGCAUGACAUUAUGAUUCAGAAUAGAACCUCCAAGUUGCAACUGUUCGAUACGGCUGGUCUUGACGAGGGCCCUCAGGGAACGGUCCCCAAUCGGCAUGCUGAGAAUGCCUUGAAGAAACUCUUUCAAACUCUUGAGAAGAUCCACAUCCUGAUGUACUGUGUGCAGGGCGCAAAGGAUCUCUCGGAGCUCCAACGUAACUACGAAUCAUUUUCCAAAUUCAAGGAAAAUGUUCCCAUCGUCCUUGUCGUCACAGGACUGGAAAAUCGAGGGUCGGAUAUGGAAGAUUGGUGGAGGAGUAACGAGAGAUCCGUCUCAGAUCUCGGGAUGAACUUUUCUGGCCAUGCGUGCAUUACUGCGUUGACCAUCAAUCAAGACGAUACAAAUGAAGUCAGACAGCUCCGCGAACAGUCAUACGACACCAUUUGCAACCUUAUCGGACAGUUUUGCCCACAUAAUGAGACGGGGGUUCACGAGGUGCCUACUAUUGCAAGGAAGACUAAAAAUAUUGUACUCUUUGGGGAGGCGGGUGCAGGCAAGAGCUCAGUCGUUAACCUCAUGGCAGGAAAGGAGGUCGCAAAGACAUCUCUUAGUAUGCAACGCUGCACGCUCCAUUGGCAAGACUAUGUCAUCGACUUCGAUGGGGAAUCUUAUAAGGUGUUCGAUACCCUUGGCAUCGAGGAAUCAGGCCUUGAAAUGAAAGAGUAUCUCGCGGCAGUCGCAAACGCCUAUAGGUUCAUCAAGGCGUUGGACGCGGAAGGCGGUGUUGACCUGCUUCUGUUCUGCAUUCGCGCUGGCCGAUUCACUGCCGCACUUCAAAGCAAUUAUAGAUUCUUUCAUGAAUUCCUCUGUGACAAGAAGGUUCCCAUCGUUCUCGCAAUUACGAACCUCGAAAGAGAGGAGAGGAUGGAGGACUGGUGGGAGCGAGAACACAGUAUCUUCACUGAAUAUCAAAUCCACGUUGCUGACCACGCGUGCAUAACCGCCGUCAAAUUAGAAGGCGUACGUCAACAACUCUAUGCAGAAUCGCGUGACGCGAUCCGCCGCCUUGUCAAGGAGAAUGUUGCUGGCGAGCACAAUCGUGUAUGGACAGGAGGGAAUAACGCGUUCAUGUUGAUGGUGCAUGCGCUGAAGAAGAUUCUUGUGAAGAGUCCGCGUAUCAGAAAGAGGACCCUUGCAGGACGACUCGUGAAGUAUUGUGGCAUAUCCCGAGAAACCGCAGGACGAUUAGCCGACAUGAUCGAGCAGGAGAGUUCAAAGUGA